AACCCCAGGCAUCUCGGGGGGGUUGGGGGGCUAUAUAAACCCCCCCGCCGCUAGUGCGGCACGGCGCAUCUCCCCUUUUGCAUGCCUCACCGGCCUCUCCACCUCCCCCUCCUCCUCCGCCUCCCAAUGCUCUAGCUGCUUGCUCCCGAUUGAUUUGAUUUCCCCCCUUCUCCGAGUCUACGCGAUCUGCGGAUUGGCCGUCUCCCCACUCUUGAUUCAGUCCAGGGAGUUUUGAUCUGACCGGAUUUUGCGGUGGGGUUUUCUUUUUUGGGUUGGGUUGAUCUUUUGGGUGGUUUGAUCUGUGGUGGCGAUGAUGUGUGCGAAGGUGGUGGCGGCGGCGGCGGCGGAGGAGAGGGAGAUGGAGUUGCUGCUCAGCGAGAUCCCUCAGGUCACCGCGCCGCAUGGGCAGCGCGGUGGCCGUGGCGGCGGCGGCGGUGGUGGUGGUGGUGCUGCCCAGUGCUACGGCUUGCAUGGACCUACGCGUUACCAUGCGCACGCGGGGGCGCCCGCGCGCUACGGCGGGGAUCCGUGCUUCCCCCUGGUCUUGAACCGUCGCGACGAUGGUGGUGGCCAGCAGGGCGGCGCUCGCGGCGCCAUCCACGUGCCGCUAUCGGGGGGCUUCGCGUCGUCGCCGGCGUCGAGCACGUCCGCCGGUAGCGCGCCGUCGCCGGGGUCGGACCGGUUCGUCGGCCGCUCGCCGUCGCCGAUGGUGCAGGCGACGACCGACGAGGACACGGAGAGGCUGGCGAGCCAGCUCGACGGCUUGCUUGUCGGGGACGCGCCCGCCGCGGACGCGCUCGCCGCAGCGCUCAUGCCGCCGCAGGGCUCGCCGGCGUCCGCCGCCAAGAACGUGUACCUGCCAGAUGUCUCCGCGGUGCACGGUGCGUAUAACAAUGGCUACAACUUUGGGGAGCCGGGUUACUCGCUUCACCAUGAGCCCGGCGUAUUAGCUGAUCAGGCCAUGGCGUCCGGUUAUGUCGCCCCAUCUCAGUGCUUUCCAGUGGACGUCGGCUUGGAUGGCUACGGCGGCUUCCCUCCAAGCUUGGGUACCAGUGUUGGCAGCUUCAUGUACACUAGGACUAGGAACAGCUCCGGCAUUGGUUGGGAACAAGGGCUAGUGCACCCUGAUCAUGCUCGACCGGUCUUGCUUCCUGGACAGUCUGGUGCAGAACACAACUGGGGGUACGCUGGUACGGGUCAGAUUUCCCUGGACUCCCGUGGCAGAAGUUUGCCAAAAUCGCCCUACGAAUACAGUGUUGCAGCAGCGAGAGACAUUGGGUACAUGAAAGGUGGUUUCAAUCAAAUGGAGCCAUUUUGUGAUGGGAGGAAGAAUGUGCCUUUUCUGAACCGUGCAAAGGAGAGGAGAUUUCAGCAGCAUGUCAACAAUAGGUCAGUUGAGCUGGGGAGUCCUGGUAUGCUGAUGUAUGAGAACAUAGUUGAGCUGGAGAGUCCUAGGAUGCUGAGGUAUGAGAACAUGGUUGGAGCCAAGGGCUAUAUCUACUUCAUGGCCAAGGACCAGAAUGGGUGCCGGUUCUUGCAACAAAAGUUUGAGGAAGGGAAAGAUCAAGCCGAUCUGAUAUUUGAAGGUAUCAUCGACCACAUUCCUGAACUUAUGGCCAACUCGUUUGCAAAUUAUCUUGUACAGAAACUACUAGAUGUGUGUGAUGAGGAGCAGAGGCUGAGAAUUAUUGCUGUACUGACUGAGGACCCUGUGAAGCUGCUGAGAGUCUCUCUAAACUCGCACGGGACAAGGUCGAUACAGAAAUUGAUUGAGACUGUUAAAACCAGGAAGCAGAUCAUGCUCAUUAUUUCGGCUCUACAACCAGGCUUUAUUCAUCUUGUCAAUGAUCCUAAUGGUAAUCAUGUUAUACAAAAAUGCCUGAAAAAUUUUGAUGCAGAAGAGAACAAGUUCAUAUUUGAAGCUGCUGCAACCCAUUGUGUUGAAAUGGCUAUAAAUCGCCAUGGCUGCUGUGUGUUACAAAGUUGCAUAUCAAAUGCAUAUGGUGAAUAUCAAAUCAAGUUAAUUAUGCAAAUAUGUGCUGAUGGCUUAUAUCUUGCUCAAGAUCAAUUUGGGAAUUAUGUGAUCCAAUAUGUCCUGGAUCUGAAAAUUCCUUUUGCAAAUGCACAGCUGGCAUCUCUGUUUCAAGGAAAUUAUGUGUAUCUUUCGAAGCAAAAGGUGGGCAGCAAUGUGGUGGAGAAAUGCUUGAAGGUUUUCCCAGAUGAUGACAAAGCUGCCAUAAUAUGGGAAUUAAUCUCAGCCUCCCAUUUUGAGCAACUGCUGCAAGACCCUUACGCAAACUAUGUCAUUCAUACGGCUCUUGUGCAGACCAGGGGCCAUCUCCGCAGCGCUCUUGUUAACGCAAUCCUCCCCCAUGAGGAAGCUAUUCGGACCAAUCCCUGUUGUAAGAGAAUCUCUAAAGUCCUCUCUAGGAGGUAAGAAAGAGAUGGGAUGUGUACAAUCUGUGGUACCAAGAAGGUUGCAAGUGAAUGCCUAGUGCCCUCUCCAGGAGAUGAGAUGUGUACAAUCUGUGGUACCUAGAAGGCUUUGUUGUUUAUUUAUGUGCACUAGCUGUUAAACUAUAAUGUAUCUGCCAUACAAGCUUCGGAGUUCAGGAGGUGGUUUUGGUUAUAGGUUAUAACCAGGCUGUAGAAUCGUCAUGUAGUUUUUGCAGCACGCCGGCAACGCUGUAGCGUUGUAUUUUCUUUAAAAUUUCUAGUUCUUUCUGAACUGCCUGUUCUGUAUCUUCUGUAAUACUCUUUUUGGUUGUGCUAAACGGAGUGACCAUUACAUUUCGUCAAAGUUGUCAUACCUGUGUUAUAUUACAUAGUUGCAUCUUCC